UGAUGCCGCCUGAUCUCCCGCUCAUGCGCAGUUCGAGUCUGAGCCACGGAUGUAGAAAACUAAAGAACAACAAACCCUCCACAAUCAGCGCCAGUCCGUCAACACACACACUCUCAGUGGGAAUCUGAUGCUCACAUCAUGUCUGGAAACGCUUUUCCAGAUCAGUGGGGGUCUGAGGAGGAGCGAGAGGGGGCGGAGCUGAGACUCGUUCUGAUUGGCCGGACGGGCUCAGGCAAGAGCGCCACAGGAAACACCAUCUUAGGGCGACGUCACUUCCUGUCUGUGCUGCGUGCGAGUUCAGUGACGCGUGUGUGUGAGUGCAGCGUGGCGGAUCUGCGCGAGGAAGAGGAGUGCGCUGGGAUGAAGAGGGUUCUGGUGGUGGACAUGCCGGGGAUCGGCGACACGCGGGUCGACGCGAGUCACGUUCACGGCGAGAUGGCGAAGUGUGUGUCGCUGACGGCUCCGGGGCCGCACGCCUUCCUGCUGGUGGUGCCGCUGGGCCGGUUCACAGAGGAGGAGCAGCGCGCCGUGGCGGAGAUGCUGCGCGUGUUCGGCGAGGAGGCGCUCCGCCACACGGUGGUGCUGUUCACACGCGCGGACGAGCUGGAGGAGGGGGGGAUGGAGGCGUUCCUGGGGGCCGGAUGCGCUCCGGAGCCGCUAGCGCUCCUGCUGAGCCGCUGCGCUGGACGCUACUGCCUCUUCAACAACAGGACGCCGGAGAACCGUGCACAGGUGCGCCUCCUGCUGGGGACUGUGCAGGAGAUGCUGGAGCACGCGGGCGGAGCCUGGUACUCGAGUGCCCUGUUCCUGCAGGCCGAGAGAGCCGUACGGGACGAGCAGCAGCGCCGCACACACAGCAUGUGGAGGAGUGGAGCGGGCAGCAGACGGCAGGCGCUGCGGUCGGCUCUGAGCCACAUGCGGGCCGAAGCCGCGCUCUCGGGGAAGGUCCUGGAGCGCGUGAAGGUGCUGGUGGCCGCCGGGGCGACGGGUGUGGCAGUCGGGGCUGUGCUCGGAGCCGCGGCCCCUCUGGCGCUGGCGGGUUCGGCGGGGCUAGCCGGAGUCUCCUCGGGCGCUUUAGUGGCGGCCGCGAGCGGACAGACGGCGGUGGCUCUGGGAGCGAUGACGGGCGGGGGGGUCGGCGGGGCGGUGGGGGCCCUAGCCGGAGCUGAGGCCGAGGGGCCACGCGACGCUGCGAUGGAAGCUCUGCAGCAGGUGGGGACGAUGGGGGCUGUGGUGGUGGGCGUGGCCGCGGGAGUGGGCGGAGCUGUGGGGGCAGGGUCAGCGCUGGGGGCGGGGCUAGGGGGCACAGCUGUGGCCAGUUCGACCACACUGAACGGCAUCGGAACGACCGCGCGCAUCCUGAGCGAGAUCGGGCGAGCGGCGGCGGGAGUCUCUCUGGCCGGAGGAUUCGUCGUCAAAGUGGUGAAGGAGAAAGUGCGGUCCGCGGAAAACAGCGUCAGCGAACGCAACUCCUACGAGAUCCACUGGAACAAGUGAAGGGACUUACUCGCGACUCUACUCUCAGCAAUAACUUUACAUCUAAACUAGUUUUACCUUUUGAUAUAAACCAGCAUUUAAACAGUGUGUUCAGUUCUUCUCUCUUUUAAGAUGCACACGUCUGAGUGACUCCAGGUCGAACGAGGAAUCUCAGCUCUUAUUCUCUCGGAUCUGAUCACCUCAGAUGCAUUUCAACAUGAAAAUCACAUUUUGAUAUAAACCUGCAUUCAAACGCUGUGUUCUUCACUCAUUUAAGAUAAACAUGUUUUGUAUUGAGCAGAUUUGAGUGAACUCCAGGUUGAACUGUGUGUUUGAACAGUGUGUGACGUGUUGAUCUCUGGCGCAGUGAGAUCAUAUGUGGACUGAACACUCUGUGUGUGUGUGUGUGUGUGUGUAUUUCUCAUGCAGUUCAACACAAAUAAACACACGUGCAUAAUCUGAGACUGAUCAUACUAGCGCUUUACACACAGACCUGUCGGUAAUUCACCAGUUAAAGCCUGAACGAUUUAUGAUUAACGUUUAACCAUUUCCACUCAGGAAUACUGGAAUUAUAUUUCACAAUUACAAGAGACAAAAUAUUACUUAUUUUAUUCUCAAUAACCCAUUGAAACUCAUCAUGCUUUUUGAUUCUUCCCUCCCGAUUACCAGCGUUUUAUUAAGCCAAUCGUGAUAUUUUCAUUUUCAUUUUGCUUUGGGGUGAUUUGGGGAAAGUGUUGAUGUAUUUUCAAUAAAACAAGAUUUUACUGA